AUGGGAGGAGAGCUUGCUGGGCGCAAGCACUCCGUCUUCCUCUCCUCGUUCGACAACCCCCGCUUCAAGACUUUUCGACGCCUGCUGCAAACAGGUCUCAAUGCCAGAGCAGCAAAAGGUUACCGCCCGAUUCAAGUACAGGAAUGUCAAGUCCUGCUCCAAGGGCUGGCCAAUUCUCCUGAGGAUUUCAUGGCCCAUAUACGGAGGAGUGCAAUCGCUGUGAUCCUUAAAGUUGCCUAUGGUUAUCAGGUUGCAGGCAAUGACGACCCGUUCGUCCGCAAUCUCCAAGAAGGCCUCAAAGUGUAUGGUGGGCUGUCAACUCCUGGAAAAUAUUGGGUCGAAUUUUUCCCUGUCUUGCGAUUUGUUCCUGCAUGGUUCCCUGGAGCCGGAUUUAAAUGCCUGGCGCAACAAGUGGGACAGAAGCUGAGCUUUAUUGAACGCGAACCGCUUGAGAGAGCGAAGAAGGAGAUCGCCGGUGGGCACUACAUCGAAUCGUUUGUCUCGAAGCAUCUCCACACGGAGGACGGCCAGACCAUCGACGCUGACAUGGAGGAGUCUCUUAAAUGGACCAGCGCUGCUCUGUAUGUCGGAGGAGGAGAGACGACCGUCUCAACCCUCAUAACUUUCUUCCUUCUCAUGGCUCAAUACCCCGAAAUGCAGGAGAGAGCACAAGCGGAAAUUGACCAGGUUGCGCCUGACCGACUUCCAACCCUUGAAGACUACGAGGCUCUGCCCUACAUCGUCGCCUUGAUCAAAGAAAUAAGCCGCUGGGCUCCUGUAGCACCUCUCGCCAUACCUCAUCGUGUAAUGCAGGAUGAUGUCUAUGACGGUUACUUCAUUCCAAAAGGGACGAAGAUCAUUGCUAAUAUAUGGGCGAUGACCCGUGACGAAACCCUCUAUCCAGAUCCCGAGACCUUCGACCCAACUCGCCAUCUCGGUUACAAACCUCAGCCGGACCCCUUUACGUUUAUCUUUGGCUUCGGUCGAAGAAUCUGUCCAGGUGCACACCUGGCAGAAAUGUCGUUGUUCUUGAAUAUUUGUAGCAUUCUCGCUAUAUUCGACAUUUCGGAAGCCAUCGAUGCGAAUGGGAACGAGGUCGAACCUAAGGUUGAGUGGACGAGUGGCAUCACCAGGAAUCUGAGGCCGUUCCAGUGCCAAAUUAAGCCCCGCUCGGAGGAAUCUUUGUUGUUGCUAGAGAAGGAGUGA